AUGGGCCAACAUACUGCGAAAGGGCGCGACGAUGCUAUUGAGGGCCGGCCUCUACUUUCGUCAUCUGACGAAGUGCGGCCGAGCAGCCCAACGGACGCGUCCCCAACCCGUCAUGUCUCGCGCUGCAGUUGGCCAUGGAUAUAUGUCAUCUCCUUGUGCAUAGGUGUCGCUGUGAUAUCUGAUAUAGGGGAGUCGCUCUUUGCUGCGCCCAGAGUCCGCCUCUUCGAGUCUGUCGCGUGCACCGAUUAUUACUCAACGGUGGACCCGUCGUUGAUUGGCAGAGAUGGCCAAGUUCCUGAACGUCUAUGCAAGGUCGAUCCGGUGCAAGAUAAGGUCGCUUCAAUACUCGGAUGGCAGUUUUUCUUUGACAGUCUGCCGGCAAUCCUACUUCCUGUGCCCUUUGGCUAUCUCGCCGACCAAUAUGGCCGGAAAUGGAUCAUGACCCUAGCAAUGAUGGGCUAUUUACUUUCUUGUGCAUGGCCACUGUUCGCCUUGGGCGUGCUCCACUUGUCUUUGCGUUCUGUGUGGGCAUCCUCACUCUUCUUCCUCAUCUGUGGUGGACCGACUAUAGCAACGACUAUGCUCACUACCAUUGUGGCGGAUGUCGUGCCAUCGGAUUUCAGGAGUACUGCGUUCUUCUAUCGAUUUUGCGCAGACUUAGUAGCGGAACUCGUUGCGCCUCCUGUAGCCUCUGCAUUGAUGGCCAAGAGUUUAUGGUCUCCACUCUUGCUAGCCUUGGCUUUUCAAGCCGUCGCCGUCUUGAUGAUGGCAGUCGCUGUACCAGAGACGUUGCCAGUCCCUUAUGCACAAGACCACAGCUCGGAGACUGCGGACUCCCAAUCUGCUACCAGUGUUCGGCAAAUAGCUGGUGUAGGAACUCUAUAUGAGAAAUGGCAGGAGCAAGUGCGCAAGGCAAGCGAUUCAUUUGUUUUCCUCACACGGGAUGCUACUGUGGCUGCCUUAGUUUUUACAUUUAUGAUAUCUAAAGUUGGACGGCAGGCCAGCAAUAUCCUCUUCCAGUAUGUGUCUAAAAGAUACGGGUGGAGUUUAUCCCAGGCGGGCAUGCUCUUAUCUUUGCGCGCGGCAGUAAACAUUGUGCUGUUCACUGUCAUACUUCCAUCAAUUGCAACUUUAGCUCUUUCCAGAUGGGGUCUAAUCCUUUUUACUCUUGGCACGGGUUUCCCACCAAUACUUCGCAGCCUGGUAACUUCCUUGGUUGAGUCUCAUCACGAGAGCAAGACCAGUGAUAUUGCUCGGUUGUAUGCAGUGAUUUCCGUCGUGGAAGGUAUCGGGAGCCUUGUGGCGGCACCAGGUAUGGCACUUGCUUUCCGCAUUGGCAUAAAAUUGGGCCAAGAAUGGCUAGGAUUGCCCUUUGGUUUUGCUGGAGUACUUUUUGGCUUGGUUGCGAUUAUCGUGUUCAGCGUCAAAGUCAAAAAUUGA